GAGAUAUUUUUGGAUAUGUUGAAAAUAUUAUGUGAUCUCCGCCCACAGAUCAUCUUCGCCUGUCUGGCCGCCGUCGCCCUCGCCCGUCCUCAGACAGCCGAGUCUGAGGCCGAGACCGUUUUGGACGAGAGGUCCGACAACGGCGACGGCAACUUCCAGUACACCUUCGAGACGAGCAAUGGUAUCAGGGCCAGCAAAAUUGGCACUCCCGGAUCUGAGGGCCAGAGCAACAUGCAGGGCUCAUUCAGCUUCCUCCUUCCCGACGGAACCACUGCUGAAGUCAGCUUCGUCGCCGACGAGAACGGUUACCAGCCCUCGUCCGACCUCCUGCCCGUUGCCCCUCCGCUGCCCGACCACGUGCAUGAACUGCUCCGCAUCGCUGAGGAACAGCGGGCGAGCGGAAUUACCUUUGAAUAAAUGCACUCAGCCUCAUCGAAUAUUACGUCUUGCUAUUCUCUGAUAUAUAUAUAUAUAUACGUGUGUAGUGUCUGAAGUUAUUGUUGCAAUAAAGAUUACAUGUAACCUA